AUGCCCAGGGAUGAGGGAGGCAAUGACCUCUUAUCUGGUCAAGAUGAAGAUCACUCACACGAAUCGCAAAAUCUCUUGUCCAGUCCACUCGAAGAACCCGAUGAUCUUAUAGUUCACCCCGGACCAGCGAACUCACCCCCGGCCCCCGCGCAGAGCACAACGCAUGGAAAGCGCCAAUCGUCAAUAUCACACCCUCCACCCGAUGGACAGCGUCGCGCACCGCGUACCCUCAACCGCGUUCGAUUCGAUCUAAACGAGGAGAGCGGCGAAGAUGACCUUGUGUCCAAUGGCGCUCCUCGCAGCCCGGAAGACGCGCGAUGGCUUGAUGAGGAGGACUACGAGCUUGGCGAACCCGGUACACAGGGUGGAAGAAGGAACACAGGGCAGAGUAUCCCUUUGCUCACAGAUAUUGAAGCCCCAAGCGUGACGCUUGCGACAUCGGACGAUUUCUUUCCCGAAGAUCACCUUGAACAGGCGCGACCGCGCAGUGGCAUGAAAAUGGCGUUUAUGAAUAUGGCCAACAGCAUCAUCGGGGCGGGAAUUAUCGGCCAACCAUAUGCUUUGCGCCAAGCGGGGUUGGUAACUGGCAUUCUGCUUUUGACAGCAUUGACUGUUACGGUAGACUGGACUAUCCGCCUGAUCGUCAUCAAUUCAAAAAUGAGUGGGGCCGAUUCGUUCCAAGCUACCAUGCAAUAUUGUUUUGGGAAAAGUGGACUUAUCGCGAUUUCUGUUGCCCAGUGGGCUUUUGCUUUCGGUGGCAUGGUUGCGUUCUGUAUUAUUGUCGGUGAUACGAUUCCCCAUGUUCUGAGCGCUCUCUUCCCGUCGCUUCGAGAUAUGGCGUUUCUUUGGCUGCUUACGGAUCGGCGAGCGGUGAUUGUGCUUUUUGUUCUGGCUAUCUCGUACCCGCUAUCCUUAUAUCGUGAUAUUGCGAAGUUGGCUAAAGCAUCCGCACUUGCAUUGGUCAGUAUGAUUGUUAUUGUUGUCACGGUCCUCACGCAGGGUUUCCGUGUCCCGGCGGAGUCGCGAGGAGAAGUAAAGAGCCAUCUCAUCAUCAACUCCGGAUUCUUCCAGGCAGUCGGCGUGAUAUCUUUUGCCUUUGUUUGCCAUCAUAACAGCCUUCUGAUCUAUGGAUCCUUGAAGAGGCCCACUCUUGACCGCUUUUCAACUGUGACCCAUUACUCUACCGGCGUGUCGCUGGUCAUGUGCCUGGCGAUGGGCAUCGCGGGAUUUCUAUUCUUUGGCUCCAAGACACAGGGCAAUGUCCUGAACAAUUUUCCAUCGGAAAAUAUCCUGGUCAACAUUGCUCGAUUUUGCUUUGGCCUGAACAUGCUCACAACCCUCCCGCUUGAGGCUUUUGUCUGCCGAUCCGUGAUGACUACCUACUACUUCCCCGACGAACCAUUCAACCCGAAUCGACACUUGAUUUUCACGACCUCGUUGGUAGUUACUUCUAUGACGCUGGCGCUGAUUACCUGCGAUUUGGGGAUGGUGUUUGAGCUUAUUGGCGCAACGAGUGCUGCGGCUCUGGCUUACAUCUUCCCUCCACUAUGUUAUAUUAAACUCAGCAGUGCCAGCCGCCGAGAAAAGAUACCAGCCUAUGUGUGCGUUGGAUUUGGACUUGUCGUCAUGGGGGUAUCUGUCGUGCAAGCCGUUGCGAAUGCCAUUACGAAUGAAGGAGGGGGAUCUACUUGUGGUGUCUCAUAA